AUGAAGUCCAUCGCCUCUCUUCUCUGUCUCUUACCGGUCUUCCUUGCCUUCCCGACUCCGUGUUCCGCAUCUCAAGAGGUUGAAGUCAUUAACCUGCACAAGCGCACUGGAGACUACGUGCAGAACUACAACGGUGGGGUUGCCGACUUUCAGUACAACCAAUAUGACGGCACAUUCUCGUGCGGAUGGAACACGGACACCGACUUUGUAGUGGGCUUGGGAUGGUCCACGGGCACCGGAAGAGCGAUCACUUACAGUGGUUCUUACAAUCCUGGAAACAGUGGAUCAUACCUGUCCAUCUACGGUUGGACCGGCUCUGGAUCCCUCAGUGAAUAUUACGUCGUUGAGGACUAUGGCAGCUUCAAUCCUUGCACCGGCUCCGGUGUGACACAACUCGGCACCCUCUACAGUGACGGAGCAAACUAUCAAGUCUGCACUCAUACACAAUACAAUCAACCCUCGAUCGUGGGAACGACUACGUUCCCUCAAUACUUCUCCGUCCGAGAGGGCAAGCGAACUUCUGGGACAGUCACUAUGCAGAACCACUUCAACUAUUGGGCUCAACAUGGGUUUCCCAACCGCAACUUCAACUACCAAGUCUUGGCCGUCGAAGCCUUUUCGGGGUCAGGAAAUGCCAAUAUGAAGUUGAUUUCUGGCUGA